AUGGUGGGCCGGAACAGCGCCAUCACAGCGAGUAUAUGCGAUGCCCUCUUCAUCCGGUACUGCAUCUACUUCGACCGCAGAGUGACCCUCAACUUCAAGAACAGGCUUCGAGAACAAAGAAAGAAACAGAAGCUUGCUAAGGAGAGGGCUAGGGUUUCCAAGUUACCUGAUUUAAACGAUAUUGAAGCUGUUCAGAAAUUCUUCCUUGAAGAGACACAGCUUGGUGAAGAGUUAUUAGCACAAGGUGACUAUGAGAAGGGUGUGGAGCAUCUGACAAAUGCAAUGGCUGUAUGUGGACAGACUCAGCAGUUGCUGCAAGUGUUACAACCCAUUCUUCCACCACCAGUGUUCCAGAAGCUUCUGACCAAGCUUUCAACCAUUAGUCAGAGAAUUGUCAGUGCUCAGAGCUUGGCUAAAGAGGAGGCGGAAUGA